AUAGCGGAGGGAAGCACGCGGGGGCGGGGACCGCGCCUGUCCGCCCCCGGCCAGGAAGAUCCUCCGCGUGGGGGAGCUGCACCCGCCGCCAGGCGUGGAAAGGAGGCGCCGGCCACGGAAAGGGGCUGCAGGGGCCCCGGGGCGGCGUCGCACACUGAAGGGCCCCGCAGCCGCGUGCGCGGGUAGGUGACUGCCCUGAGUGUCUGAGGGAGGCAGCAUGGCAAUGUUUCUAGGGGCCAGGAAUGCCCACUCAGUUCUCAGACGUUUGCCCCGGGCCAAUGGCUUUCUGGAGGAGUUUCGCCAAGGCACCAUUGAGCGGGAGUGCAUUGAGGAGAUCUGCAGCUAUGAGGAGGUCAAGGAGGUGUUUGAGAACAAGGAGAAGACGUUGGAGUUCUGGAAGGGCUAUGCCAACUCUGUUUACUCUGUCAAGGACCCUGGCCAGGGCUUGGAGCGCUCUGAUGCAAUGUACGUGGUGGUACCCCUCCUGGGAGUGGCCCUGCUCAUAGUUAUUGCCUUGUUCAUCAUCUGGAGGUGCCAGCUACAGAAGGCCACGCGGCACCGGCCCUCUUAUGCCCAGAACUGCUACCUGGCCAGCCGUGCAGGCCGCAGCCUCCCCAGAGUCAUGAUCUACCGAGAGACGUCGCACAGCCAGACUGAGGCCCAGUACCAGCGGGAGCCAGGCCCCAGGGUGCUCGGAGAUGGCAGAGCAGGAGGUGGCUCCCAGGUGGAUGGGACCCUUUACCCUCCAGAGCACUCCGUGUCUGUCCUCUCCAGACUAUCCAGUGCCACCCCUCCCCCUUCAUAUGAGGAGGUGACUGGGCACCCGGAGAACAGCAGUGGUGAGGAAACUGGUGUUUCCUACAAUGACCCUCCGCCCAAGUACGAGGAGAUUGUCGGUGUGUCCCCUAGCUUGGGCAAAUAAUGGUACCCACUUGCCAUGUGUGGACCCUCCUUCAGGUGCAAUUCUUGCUCUCUCACUUUUACCAGACGAUGCCAUCACAGAAUAGCCUUACCAUCCUUGUUCACCAAAAAUAACUGGCCCUAUGGGAGGGAGGCGAGGAAACAGAGUCCAGCUAGACCUCUCCUCCCCAAAGCAGGGGUUGCAACAGAGAGAAGCCACCAACACAAGAAGGCUCCUGCAAUUUUCUUUUCCCCACAUUCUCUUCACCAGGCAAAACAUAGCCAGCCCAGACUCCAUGUGGAAAGGAACCAGCUCAGAGAGGCACAGUGGCAGGUGUGGUAGGGGUAUCUGCCCAGGAUUACCUGGAUGGGAGGGUUCUGGGAGCAGCUGGCUGGGGAAGAGUCCCUAAACCCUCUUGUGGGACUAAAGCCUGUCCCACAUAGAUGAUAUUCCCUAUGCAAUAGUGGUACCAGUAGAAGCAGGGAGGGAGGCUCCACAGAGCAGCUGCCCAUGAGAAGGGAAGCUGGCCCUGCCCUCCAUUCCCUCUUGAGUGCCAUAGUAGCAGGAGACAAGUGGCAGAUCAUCAUGGACUCUGUGUGGGGGUCGUGUUGGUGCAUUGCAUCCAAGAGAGCUGCAUCACUUCCCCGAAUUCCAGACAACUUCACUGCCACUCCAGAGCUCACCUUGGCUCCACCACUUACUUAUGCAGGUGCUGAUCCCCCUGCAUCCACAGUGCUGCAACAUGUAGAGACUGGGGCACCAGUGAUCACACACAGAUGGGACUAUUUUUUUACCCCUUCUUUCAAUACCUGUUGAGCUGUUUUGUGCCCCAUCACUGGCAUUGGUUCUAGAUCUAGACAAGACUCUUGUUUUCUGCAUCAAGGUUAUGGGAUCUGGUUUGGAGGCAGGUAGAAGGAAGAGGAGAUGGUCCUGGAUUAUUCCCUACUCAUUCAUUAAGUGUUGAUGUUUAUUUUGCCUUCGGAAGGUUUACCUCUCUUUGGUUUUGUCUGUGCGGGGGGGAGAGAGAGAGAAUGUUGAGCGCUUGACCUCUGCACAGCUUUGUACAACAUAAAAUGGAUCCACUCUAGCUUUGUCACCUA